AGUUUUUAUAUUUUAAUUUAUAAGAUGCUUUUGUUUUAUUUUCCUGUUGCAGUAUUUGGCUUGUGGCAAUAUACCAAGCAGGUUACCUAACAGGUGCCUUGAUCUGAAUUAUCUCUCUAUAUGCAUAAAUUCAACGAUUUGUACGAAAUUGUAGCCGCUCUAUCCCUGUUUAAAGUUCUCCUAAUCUCCGAGAGCUAGAGGGUUUGGGUCACCCUGAGGAACAACCUACUGCAGGACUAUUCACCAACAUUUUGGUAGACUACGUCUGGAGCUCACUGUUCUCCCAUCUGCGAGUGGUAAAGAUAUUCAGCAUUUCUGGAGUCAAAGCCGAACUAGAAUUCAUAAACUUCAUGCUUUCAAACUCUCCUGUUCUUGAAAGAAUGACUGUGAAACCUGCCUCUCUGGAUGGGAGCUGGGGAUUCGUAAAGGAAUGGCUGCGAUUCAAGCGAGCCUCCAUACAUGCAGAAAUCAUUUAUUUAGACCCAUAAAUAUCUGUUAAGUAUCAUUUAUUUAGACCCAUAAAUAUCUGUAAGUAUCUUUCUCUGGAUUGACCUGUAUGGCAGAUUCUUGUUAAGGAAUAGUAACAUAUUUUUCUAUUGACUCUGAAGACUUGCAUGAUGGAGAAGGGUGGGUGAAGAAGAAACGCUUACCUGUAGGUGUCAAGGUUAGUUGAUUGGAGACCUUGAUAGCUUAGCAUUUCACUUCCAUGGCGGUGGACACUACUACUCCGCUUCUGGACAACCAUCCAAAUGGACAUUCAGAUCAAAAACCCGUGAACUGGGUGAAGGAGUUUGGCUAUGAAUCCAAGAGGUUAUGGAAGCUUGCGGGACCGGCCAUCUUCACGGCCAUUUGCCAGUACUCGUUGGGUGCACUCACUCAGACUUUUGCUGGUCUCGUUGGAGAAAUUGAGCUGGCUGCUGUCUCCGUCGAGAACUCUGUCAUUGCCGGUCUUGCAUUCGGUGUCAUGUUGGGAAUGGGAAGUGCGUUGGAGACUCUAUGUGGGCAGGCAUUUGGUGCAGGGGGGGUGAGAAUGUUGGGGGUUUACAUGCAGAGAUCGUGGGUCAUUCUGUUAACUACAGCUUGUUUUUUGGUUCCUAUUUACGUUUGGUCUCCUCCGAUCCUUGAGCUCAUCGGAGAAACCACCGAAAUCUCUGAGGCUGCUGGCAAAUUUGCUCUGUGGAUGCUUCCGCAAUUGUUUGCCUAUGCCAUGAACUUCCCCAUCCAAAAGUUCCUACAAUCUCAGAGGAAAGUCUUUGUGAUGGCCUGGAUAUCAGCGGUGGUGCUGGUGCUGCAUGCAUUCUUCAGCUGGCUACUGAUACUGCACCUCGGAUGGGGUUUGACUGGAGCUGCAGUCACCUUAAACACAUCGUGGUGGCUCAUUGUUAUCGGUCAGUUGUUGUACAUUUUUAUCACCAAAUCUGAUGGUGCUUGGAGUGGAUUCUCCUGGUUAGCAUUUGCCGAUCUGUGGGGGUUUGUGAAGCUUUCUUUGGCAUCUGCAGUCAUGUUAUGCUUGGAGUUUUGGUACUUGAUGAUUCUGAUUGUGAUCACAGGUCGGCUGAGCAACCCUCUGAUCCCUGUUGAUGCCAUUUCUAUUUGCAUGAACAUACAAGGAUGGGAUGCUAUGAUCGCACUUGGAUUCAAUGCUGCUAUCAGUGUGAGAGUAUCGAAUGAACUUGGAGCAGGAAAUGCAAAGUUAGCAAAAUUCGCUGUUGUUGUUGUCUCCAUUACAUCUGUGUCCAUAGGAGUUGUUUGCAUGGCUGUGGUACUGGCAACAAGGGAUUACUUCCCUUACCUCUUCACCACCAGCGAAGCAGUCGCAGAAGAAACUACCAAACUAGCCAUACUGUUGGCCAUCACAGUACUCUUGAACAGCCUUCAACCAGUCUUAUCCGGUGUUGCUGUUGGAGCAGGAUGGCAAUCUAUUGUAGCAUAUAUCAACAUCGGAUGUUACUAUAUUGUUGGACUGCCUGCUGGGAUACUCCUUGGGUUCACAUUUGAUUUUGGAGCUAUGGGGAUUUGGUCGGGUAUGAUUGGAGGCAUUUGUUUGCAAACCUUAAUACUCAUUGUAGUCACUUCAAUAACCAACUGGAACAGAGAAGCUGAAGAAGCAGAAAGCCGAGUUAAGAGAUGGGGAGGAUCAGCCGGAGAACAUUGAUUCAAGUAAGAACUUUAAUGGUACCUCUACCUGGGAGAUGAAGUGUGGCAGAGUCAUCACCACUAUAUAAUAGAAUUAGAUCUUCAGAAUCUCUGACUAUGGUGGACUGAAAUAUAAUUCCUGUAACCUUAUCAACCUUAAAUAGUGAACUUGAUUACAGUAGGCGACAAAUCCAUUUUUGUUUUAGGCAGGAUUGGUUUGAGUCUUGCCAAUUGAAUUUUCUGUAAUAAAACAAUGAAUUCUCUCGUCAAAUUUUCAAUGUCAUUUGGAAAAGUGAUUGUGCUUGGAUAAUUGUUCACUUUUCAGCAUUUAUGCAGAGGGUAGUUAAUAUAGCAGAAACUGAUUU